GACUGGCAAAUGUCACUCAACACUGAUAAAUGCAUGCUCCUUUCCUUCCACCGCCGCACUAACCCAAUGUCAUUUGUGUAUCGCUUAAAUAGUUUCGCCCUAACAUCCUGCACAUCGUAUAAGUACCUUGGUGUAUAUCUCACCCCAAACCUCUCGUGGGCAACUCACAUUGAGCAUCUAAUUAAAUCUACCAACCGCUCUUUAGGUUUCCUCAAGCGUAACUUAAAGUCAGCCCCACAUCACCUCAAACUUCUCGCCUUUAAAACACUUGUUCGCCCUAAACUAGAAUUUGCUUCAUCUGUGUGGGACCCUCAUCAGUCAUAUCUCUCUUCCGACAUCGAGGCAAUUCAAAAUCGCGCAGUCAGGUUCAUUCAUUCAAAUUAUUCGUAUAACACUAGUGUCACAGCGUUGAAGAAACAAGAUAACUUACAAGAUCUCAGCAUACGCCGCAAAGUAACCCGUCUUCUGCUCUUUCAUAAACUAUUUAAUGACGCUACUAAGUGUGAGUCAUACAUUCAAGUAGCUGCUGAACGCCAUCUCCGCAAUUACCAUCCUCACCAAGUCAUACCUGCAAACUGUAAAACAACUACCUUCAUGAAUUCAUUUUUUGUCAAAACUUCUAAUGACUGGAACGAUCUUCCCCGUGAAAUCACUUCACUUGCUGACCCAUUGAAAUUUAAAACAGCUCUCCUCUCAUUUUUCUAACUUGUGCCUAUGUUUACGUUGUCCAUACAGCCAGUAUUGCUAUCAUCAGUACACCAGUCUAACUAAACACCAGUAUCAUACUUAGAAUUUUUCUAGCAUUUUUCUAGCAUUUUUUGAACCUCUCAUUAUUUUUUGUGCGCGUUUAUUGCUUAAUUUUUAUUUGUAUUGUAUAAUUUGCAAGUCCUUAUUUGAGUGUCUAUUUGUUACACUGUUUAUUUUGUAUUAUCUACUUGCAUUUGUUUAUUACACGACCACCAUGCCCACCCCUUAUGUAAUA